CUGAGGAGGAGAUAUCGUUUUGUUGUUGCUCCAAGAUAAGGGGAUAUUACAGCUUGUGGAAAGGAGCUUAUAGGAGAGGAGAGACAUGAUUCACUGGGGAAGAAGUGAAGUGCUUCUUCCUCGUAGAGAUGAGCUUUUAGCCUUCCAGGGAGAACGUCGGCUGCAAAUCGCAGAGUGGGGGGAAGGUCAUUGUGUCUAUGAGAGGAUGAUGUGUGUGUUUACCAGGAGAAAUUAUACAAAACUAACAAGAAGAACAGUUUCUGUAGGGGGGGGAAUUAUGCUUCUCCAUCCUGAUGAGUUAAAGAUAAUCUUAUGCACCUCAUAAGUUUUAUGCAUGUAAUGAAUAUCUUGAACUCAGGCUCACCGAUGCAGUGCAGCUGUAACUCCUCAGUCGGGCACUUUUCAUCACCUUACUGGAGCCGAGCAGUGCUGUUUCCUGAUUGGGCCUACAAACCUGCCUGGUCUCCUGGUUCCAGGCAGGUCCAGCUGUGGCACUUCCUGUUGGAGCUGCUGGGCUGCGGCGAGGGCGGAGCCAUCGGCUGGGGGGGCGAGUGGGGCGAGUUUGUCAUCAGGGACCCCGAGAGGCUGGCCAGGCUGUGGGGGGAGAGGAAGGGCAAACCACACAUGAACUACGACAAGCUGAGCCGGGCGCUCAGAUACUACUACAACAAACGCAUCCUGCACAAGACCAAAGGGAAAAGAUUCACCUACAAGUUCAACUUCAGCAAACUCAUCCUCGUCAACUAUCCAGGGUACCUGCCUCCAUCCAGCCAUCAGCUGGUCCACAGGGCUCCUCUAUGCCUCCCAUUCCUCUCCUCUGAGAGUGGCCUUCCUCACUGUGGAGGAGCAGGAUCAUUGAUAGACAGAGCCGCUCAGCCUCUGCCGCACACCUUCCUGCUUCCCAAGCCGCUCCCGGUGCCUCAGCCCCUCCACGGCCCCAUCCCCUUCAUCCCCGCUGUCGCUCGCCCGGAGGUCGGACAGAGAGAGCCCAGGGAGUCGGGUCUAAAUGCAAAUGGCUGGCUGCACAGAAGCUCCGCAGACUGGGACGUGAAUCCCCACAUAAGCUGGAACCUGUCAGGAGAGAAGCAGCAGGACGACGACAGAGUGGGGAAACAUGCAGACUGAGGACAGGGAAUACAAAUGAAAUACUUUCUUUCAUUAAAUCUCUCCAGUUUAAUUAUUUUUUGUCUCUGUUUUGAGUCGUUGUGGCAUAGUUUAUUACCUGUGGAUUAAAAUUCACAACAUUUGUAAACUA